GAAGGAAACUGUGGUUAAUCCACUUCCUGCUCAUACUUUUGGCGAAGAGUGAAAUGACAGUUGCGCCUGGGCCCGCAGGGUGAUGCGACAGCCCUCUGACAGCCCGUUACGGCACAGUCACUAGCCACACGGUUGGGGGGGAACGAAGUAGAGAAGUGGCUGCAGCAGCGUGUUUUGCGCUGCUCAUCGUAGCCGGGUUCGUACAUGGAGAACGAGCCUGGAAUUGUGUCCCCUUUCAAACGAGUCUUUUUGAAAGGCGAGAAGGGACGGGAUAAAAAGGCCCAGGAGAAGGUUACUGAGAGACGCCCGCUUCACACCGUCUUGCUGUCCUUGCCCGAUCGAGUUGAACCAGACAUACUGCUGAAUGACUACAUCGAAAAGGAAGUUAAGUAUUUAGGCCAAUUAACAUGUGUCCCUGGAUACCUGAAUCCCUCCAGUCGUACUGAAAUCCUUCAUUUAAUAGAUAAUGCCAAGAGAGCACAUCAGCUCCCAGGGCAGCUGACCCAGGAGCACGACGCGGUGAUUAGUCUGUCUGCCUACAACAUCAAGCUGGUGUGGAGGGAUGGAGAAGACAUCAUACUCAGGGUCCCCAUCCAUGAUAUCGCAUCGGUGUCAUACAUCCGGGAUGAUUCCUCUCACCUGGUGGUGCUGAAAACAGCUCAGGACCCUGGGAUUUCUCCGAGUCAGAGUCUCUGUGCUGAAAGCUCCAAAGCCCUCACGUCUGGGUCGCUGUCGGAGAGUGGAGUGGUACCUGUCGAAGCUUGCUGUUUGGUGGUCCUGGCUACAGAGAAUAAAGUAACCGCAGAGGAGCUCUGCUCACUUCUCAGCCAGGUCUUCCAGAUUGUUUACACUGAGUCCACCAUCGACUUCUUAGACAGAGCAAUAUUUGAUGGGGCCUCAACACCCACGCGGCACAUGUCCCUGCACAGUGAUGACUCUUCUACAAAAGUGGACAUUAAAGAAUCUUACGAAACAGAAGCAAGCACUUUUUCCUUCCCAGAGUCCUUGGAUACAGGGGGCAACUCUCCCACUUCCUUCUCAACACAGCCGUCUCCACACAUUAAGACAGUUAGCGAAAGUGAGCUGAGCACCACGGCGACGGAGCUGCUGCAGGACUACAUGAUGACGCUAAGAACGAAGCUCUCGUCCCAAGAGAUCCAGCAGUUUGCAAUGCUUCUCCACGAGUAUCGCAACGGGGCUUCGAUCCACGAGUUCUGUAUCAACCUGAGACAGCUCUAUGGCGACAGCAGGAAAUUCUUGUUACUAGGCCUCAGACCGUUCAUUCCUGAAAAAGACAGCCAGCACUUUGAGAACUUCUUGGAGACCAUCGGCGUGAAGGACGGGCGCGGGAUCAUCACGGACAGCUUUGGGAGGUACAGGCGGACAAUGAGCACCACCUCCAACUCUACCACCAAUGGCAACGGCGCCGCUGGCAGCUCAGACGACCAGUCUGUGCCCUCAGAGGAGGAUGAGUGGGACCGGAUGAUCUCUCACAUCAGCAACGACAUUGAAGCCUUGGGGUGCAGCAUGGACCGUGACUCCUCUUGAGAGACAGCAGGGGGGAGGGAGGGGAAGAAGACAAGGCAGUUCCCUCUCCUGGGGCUGCGUCCUUCUCCCUUCCACCCCCCUUACGGACCUCAGCAACACUCGCUACCGUCUUCCUGACCUUUCAUUCAGAAAGAGGUUCUCGGGAUGAACCGGGGCGUGAUUACCUGCUCCUCCCUCCCUGCCUUGGCAGUGGCUUCACUGGCCCCAGCAGGCACUUUUGGCUGGCGGCUGGUGCCCCCUUACUGUGAAGGCGUGUGCGUGCACGUGUGAGCAAGGAGCCCGGGCUGGGGGACAAGAUAUGGGUCCCUUCCUCAGACUUCUUGCAACAGCCUCCGUGGCUUCGUUCCAUCUUUGCCGCCACCACGACCGUCCGAGGUGCUGAGGGGGGAAAGGGGCUUAUGCAGAGGAGAAGGAGCAUUGCGCUAGGAGCCUCUGGCCGGUUUCAGUUUUGCACACAAUAUUCCUCUUGUAACUCAGACUCUCUCUCUUUCUCUCUCUUUUUUUUUUUUUUAAAUGAAGUUUACUACAAUGUGAAUAA